AUGCUCUCUGCGCUCAGUACGUUGCGAUACAGAAACCCACAAUCAGCCUUCUGCUUGGUUCGCUCUUUAUCGACAAGGGCUACACAUUUGAAAGCAACGGCACGUAUCCCAGUACUGACAACACCAUGUUCUAUUACACGCAGCAGUAGAUCACUGCUCAUGAUGUCCAAACGUCCACAAGUGCAUGACAUAACCUCAGUACUCUCAGCAACCCAACAACAACGUCAAAUCUCAUUCUGGAAUAUACCGCUUUCACUCAUGACAGCUUCACCUAUCAAGCGACGUUUAACGUUGGCUGCAUUGGGCGGUGCUGGUUUGGCGUUUACUAUCAUUUUGGGGCCAUUUUUGUUGGUAGGCAUUGGUGGCAUUGCAGCAGUGAUAGGAUUCCGUUUAUGGCGAGUGAAGAGGGGUCUACAGAAUCAAUUGCAGAAUGCAGGACAACCAUUACAAGACUGGCCCGACUUUUUGAAUGCUUUCAUGCAACAGCAAGGCAUGGGAGGAGACGUAUUCGGUAAAGACCAACGUCAAGUGGAAACAGAGGCUGUACGUCGUUUGGAAUUAUGGGCGCAAUCGAGCAGAGGAAGAAACCAACUGAUAGAAAACGGCAUUCACCCAGAGAGAAUCACUCAAAACGUAUCCAUGCGCGGAUCAUCAUAUGCUUCUACAAGCUCAAAUGUCACUGGCACAACCACCGAAAUUAAAAUUGAGUUGGAUCUGCGAAAUUCACCUGGCACUCUGUUGAUUGCAUCGGCUCAGCUUGACAAGGAAGGUAACAAUCUUACUAUAAACGACAUAAAAUUGGUUACUGCUACAGGGCAUGUAUUAUCAGUGCCAUCAUCCAUCAAUCAACAAGGUUCAAACGGCGGAAGAGUGAUAGAAGGAGAGUUUUAUGACGUUUGA